AUGUUGCGGUUACAAGCGUGCCUGAAAGGGAAGGCGCGUGAAGCAGUUGGAAGCUGCCUGUUGUACCCGGAUAGCAUUCCCGAGGCCAUCGAGAUCCUGAAAGAGUGUUAUGGCCGCCCGGAAAUAGUGGUGAACACUCUGAUGACCAACAUAAGACGUAUGCCGCCCCCGAAGGAUGACUGUUUUGAAGCGUUGGUGAACUAUGGCGUAGCAGUGCGGAACUUCUGUGCAUCGAUAUCGGGUUCCGGUCUGCACAGCUACUUCGAUGGAGGUCCGUUGCUGGAAGAACUUGUGGACAAGCUGCCGAAUUACGUGAGGCUGAACUGGUAUUACUACCAAAACGACUGCGCGCAUGUCACGUUGGCGACAUUCAACGAUUGGGUGAAGGAACUAGUCCGCGCAGCUAGCCGGGGAGUGAAACAUACUAGCGGUCGUAGGGAGAUGAAACAUGAUGGUACCAAUCGUCAGCACGACCGUAAGUACGCUCACCAAAAUGUUCAUUCCACAGGUUUGGCCGUAAAACCAGCAUCGAAAUCAUCAGUGGUUGAGAGUGACAUCAAGCGGUGUGUUGCGUGUCAGGAGAAGUGUGCGAAUUUGUCCGACUGCGGUAAACUCCAGGCUAUGAGUCUUAACGCUCGUUGGACGCUUAUUAAGCGUGAGGGCAUUUGUAGAACUUGUCUUCGCAAGCACCCAGGUGCAUGCUCAGUUGAUGCCUUGUGUGGGGUAAAUGGAUGCGAGCGUCGACAUCAUCGCUUGCUGCAUUCGCCUAGCAACGACCAGGCCAAACCCAGUACCAGCCAGGAAGGGCGUCCUGUUACCACUAAUUGCAACGUACACUCCGUUCCGCCCGGGGGUGUAAUGCUGAAAUACAUUCCGGUUACUCUGCACGGCAACGGUACGCAGGUGGAUACCAUGGCGCUUCUGGAUGACGGAUCCUCAGCUACCUUCAUGGAGCACGGUCUUUUAAAAGAGCUAGGUAUUAGUGGCAAGCCUCGCCCCUUGUGCAUCUCGUGGACCGGUAACCAGAGCAGGGUUGAGGACGAGUCAGUCGAGUUAUCCGUAAAGAUAUCAGGUGUAGGGUCACCAGGUACCUACAAUAUGCGUGCUGUACACACAGUGCGUACUCUCGGGCUUAGUAAGCAAUCAGUAGCACCGUCCCAGCUAACUGUCGAAUACGAUCAUCUUAAAGGGUUGCCAUUGCCAUCGUAUGAGAAUAGUUCUGCCAGAAUACUGAUUGGCGUUGAUAAUUGUUUCCUGAGCCAAAUCCUAAAGACCGUUGAAGGCAGAGCGGACGAGCCGGCCGCCUCCAAAACACGACUUGGUUGGGUGGUGUAUGGUCCGUAUAAGCAUACAUCGAAGGAUGCGAUAAUGAAUCGUGCUAAAUCCAUGAACGUGCAUAUAUGCCCCUGCAAUGAAAAAAGAGAUAGUGAGAUGGAUCUGGCAUUAAGGAAAUACUUCUCUUUUGAGUCGCUGGGAGUGUAUCAUCCUGUUAAACAGCUGCGUUCGGAUGAUGAAGAGCGUGCACUAAACAUUUUUGCUUCCAAAGUUCUGUAG